AUAUAUGUAUUUUGAUUUACGCAAAAAUAAAUUGCAGUUUAUUUAACAUAUAAAGAUAAAAUAAUAGUAAUUCAAAAAAACAAAAAAAAACAAAAAUGAGUUGGAUGAAAGCAAUAAUAAUAUGUUCUAUUCUAAUGGGAACAUUAUGCAUAGAAAAUAUUUAUUUUAGUCAAACAACAGACAUCACACAUCAGACAGGAAAAGUAUUAGAUUUUACUUGCAAAUUAAAUUGCACUGCAAACUCCAGAUGCAUCAGUAAGGGAUAUGAUUUCCUUUGUGUUUGUAAAGAUGGCUAUGAAAAAUUAGGAGAUAUUUGUAAAGAUGUCAAUGAGUGUGAAGGAACAAAUCCAUGCAUGCAAAAUUCUAAAUGUAAAAAUACUGAUGGCAGUUAUGAAUGUAAAUGUGAAGAUGGCUUUGAGCUGGUUCAUGGAGUUUGUCAAGACAUCAAUGAAUGUCAAUCUGCAAUUCGACCAUGCUCUAGGCAUGCUAUAUGUACAAAUAUAUUGGGAAGUUACAGCUGUUCAUGCAAAGAUGGCUUUUCAGGAGAUGGGUAUACUUGCAGAGAUAUUGAUGAAUGUAUGAAUAUAAAUGAAUGUGGUUCAAUGUCUCAUGCAAAAUGUGUUAACAUUGAAGGCAGUUACACAUGUGUUUGUGAUGAUGGUUAUGAAAAUAAAAAUGGUUACUGCAGUGCCAUUGAUUAUUGUCAAUAUAUUGUAAGUUGUCAAGAACCUGAUAGCCUGGAAGUAUGUGCAUCGCGAGAUAAUAUGUGUCAUAGAGAAUGCCGUAAUCCUCAGAUGAACAUUAAACAUGGUUGCUUACCAACAUCUGAAUUUUCACAAAUUUUGCUUAAAAGAAAAAGAAGAAAUGCCCCCAUGCAAGUUUGGCAAAAUGUUGGGUUUUGCUCUACAAUAUGUGGAGAUAGUGGUCAGCAGUUGCAAUCUCAAACAAUUAAUAACAUAACUAGUUACAGAAAUGUGUCAUGCAACAUAUUCCCAUGUGGAAACUACACUUCUGUAAACAAAACUGGCAGUUGUGGAACAGUUUAUUCUUUUUCGAAUGUUUCUUUAAUCAACGAUGACCUGAUAUACAAAGUUGUUGGUUAUGGUGGAAGUCAAGUACCUGCUUUAAUUGAUUUUCUUAAUGAAUGGAUUUAUAUUUUAGAAGCCAACAAAAUUCUACCUAUAGAUCAAUGUGACCAAGUUCAAAACAAUAUAGACAAAUUUAAACAGUCAAUUGCUACUUUUCAAAACAGUUUUGAUAUGUUUGAUUCGAUAAGAACUGCUCUUAAUAAUAUAAUACAUUGCAAUGGAAAUCCUGCUGCUUUUAUCCCACUUUCCAGGGCAUAUAGAGCAUUUGUGAAAGCACAUGUAAUUGAAAGAAAUCUUUUAGAAUCUUCUCAAUUUAUUUUAAGAUCAAUGGAGGCAAAAAAACAAGACUGCAAUGAAUAUAAAGGAUGGCUUGGAAUUUCGUCAAUGAUAAUAAACUGCAAAGAUGCUUAAUGUUCUGAAUUACUUACAAAUUCAUUUUUGUGGCACAUCCCAUUUCUAUUUUUAUAUUUUUAAUAUUUUUAAAAUUUAAUUUGAAUUCGAAUUUUUUUUUUUAAUAUUUACUUUAAUUUCUUAAAGCACAAGUUCUAAAAAAAUUAUUUUGAAGAAUUUUUUGUAAUUAAGUUUAUUUUAUUCAUACUUUUAUAUUAUAAUAUUUUGUAUUAAUGUUAAAAAAAAUAGUAUCACUUGCAUAAGUGUGUUUUUUUUUACUAGUAAUAAAGCUAAUUACCAAUUUUUUCAGUGUAUAAUUUUUUGAAAAUAUUAUAUUAAUUUUACAAUCUCCUCUCUCACCUUUUAAUCAUACUUCAUAUCGAAAUAAAAAGCUUUAACGCAGUUCAUUAAAUUUUUUCAUUGAGGGAGGAGGUGAAUUUUCUUUUGUCUAAUAACUUACUGUCUGAUAAAAAAAAGUCUUAAUGCAAGCAUAAUUUUUAAGACCGAGUUUGUUGAUUAUGUUAUUGUAUUGUAUAUAAAAGUGCAGAAACAGUGCUUCGUACUCGAAAAGAUUUAGUAAUAGUUUUUUCAAAUGUUGUAACACGAGAAAAAUGUUUACUUCAAUUAAAUUGACAUAAAGGAGAA